AUGAACCCUCCCAAGUUUGAGAAGAUCGAGGACAUCGCCAACAUGACCUUCCUCAACGAGGCCAGCGUCCUGUACAACUUGAGAGCUAGAUACACUUCUGGGUUAAUCUAUACGUACUCAGGCCUGUUCUGUAUCGCCAUCAACCCCUACCGCCGUCUCCCCAUCUACACCCCGUCCAUCGUUGCCAAGUACAGAGGCAAGAGGAAGACCGAGAUGCCUCCUCACUUGUUCUCCAUCUCUGACAAUGCCUACCAGUUCAUGGUGCAAGAACGAGAAAACCAGUCUAUGCUUAUCACCGGCGAGUCUGGCGCCGGGAAGACUGAGAACACCAAGAAGGUCAUCGCCUACUUCGCUUUUGUCGCCGCCGCCUCCAAGGGAGAGGGGGAUGCAGAUGAAAAGAAGGGGUCCCUCGAGGAUCAGAUCGUACAGGCUAACCCUGUUCUUGAGGCCUACGGUAACGCCAAGACGUCCCGUAACAACAACUCCUCCAGAUUCGGAAAAUUCGUCCGGAUCCACUUUGCUUCUUCUGGAAAGAUCGCUGGUGCCGACAUCGAAACUUAUCUACUGGAAAAGUCCCGUGUCACCUACCAACAGUCUGUGGAGAGAAAUUACCACAUCUUCUACCAGAUGCUGUCUGGAGCAGUGCCAUCAGUUACAGAGAAGAUUUUGGCCAAUCCAGACGCUGGUCUGUUCACCUUCAUUAACCAGGGAGUCCUUACCGUCAAUGGUAUUGACGAUGUUGAGGAAAUGAAGAUGACUGAUGUAAGUUUCAUAAGAUUACAAUAUUGUUAGUCGAAAUGUCAUGAACACAUGUUCAGACUGUUCAUAGUUAGACCCUAACCUUUAUUGUUCUUAACAAUUUGGGCUCAUACUAAAUGUAUAUGCUUACUUCAGACGGCCUUCGAUGUCCUGGGCUUCAACGAAGACGAAAAGACCAGCGCCUACAAGUGCACAGGCUCUAUCCUACACAUGGGUGAAAUGCAGUUCAAGCAGAAGGGUGAACAGGCUGAGCCUGAUGGAACUGCUGAGGCUGAGAAGGUUUCCUUCCUGUUGGGUGUCAACUGUGGUGACUUCCUGAAGGCUCUGUGUAAACCCAAGAUCAAGGUGGCCAUGGACUACGUCACCCAAGGAAGAACCAAGAAUCAGGUCCUCUACUCUAUCGGUGCCCUGUCUAAGUCCCUCUACGAUCGUGUGUUCAACUGGCUGGUGAAGAGAGUCAACCAGUCACUGGAUACCAAGAAACCGAGGCAGUUCUUCAUUGGUGUGCUGGAUAUUGCAGGCUUCGAAAUCUUUGAUUUCAACAGCUUCGAACAGCUCUGCAUCAAUUACACCAACGAGCGCCUGCAGCAGUUCUUCAACCACCACAUGUUUGUGCUGGAGCAGGAGGAAUACAAGAAGGAAGGCAUAGUCUGGGAGUUCAUCGAUUUUGGAAUGGACCUGCAGGCUUGCAUUGAGCUUAUUGAAAAGCCUCUUGGUAUCCUGUCAAUCCUGGAAGAAGAGUGCAUGUUUCCCAAAGCAUCCGACAAAACUUUCAAGGACAAACUGACUGAGAACCACAUGGGCAAAUCUCCAAACUUCCUUAAACCCAACAAGUCUAUGAAGGGUGGUGCACAUGGUGAUUUUGCCCUGAAGCACUACGCCGGAACAGUUCCCUACAACAUUGGAGGCUGGCUGGAAAAGAACAAGGAUCCUGUCAACGAAACCAUUGUGGAUCUCCUGAAACAGUCCAAAGAACCACUUGUCCAGCUGCUCUUCUCACCACCAGCAGGGGAUGCUGCUGCUGAGGCUGGAGCUGGCAAGAAGAAAAAGAAGAGUUCUGCUUUCCAAACCAUCUCUUCUACUCACAGGGAAUCUUUGAACAAGCUUAUGAAGAACCUUUACUGCACACAUCCUCACUUCGUCCGCUGUAUCAUCCCCAACGAGACCAAGACGCCAGGUCUGAUUGACGCCGGUCUUGUGCUCCACCAACUGCAGUGUAACGGUGUACUGGAGGGUAUUCGUAUCUGUAGGAAAGGAUUCCCUAGCAGAAUCAUCUACUCAGAGUUCAAACAGAGAUACUCUAUCUUAGCUCCCAAUGCGAUACCAGAAGGAUUCGUUGAAGGUAAAGUUGUCUCCGGCAAGAUCCUGGAAGCUUUGGAGAUGAAUCAAGAUGAGUACCGUCUUGGUAACACGAAGGUGUUCUUCAAAGCAGGUGUUCUUGGUUACCUGGAAGAAAUCCGUGAUGAACGUCUAUCUGUUAUUGUAGCAUUGUUCCAGGCUCACAUCCGUGGUUACCUGAUGAGGAAAUAUCUCAAGAAUCUCCAUGACAAGAGAGUUGCACUGGAACUUAUCCAGAAGAACAUCCGUAAAUGGCUUGCCAUGAGGAACUGGUGCUGGUGGAGAUUCUACACCAAGGUCAAGCCCCUCCUCAGUGUUGCUGCUGCUGAAGAUGAGAUGAAACAGAAGGAGGAAGCAUUGGGAAAAACAAAGGAUGAGCUCGAGAAAGUGGCGCAGAGGUGCAAGGAGCUUGAGGAACAGAGUGUGACCUUGAGCGAAGCCAAGAAUAAUCUGUUUCUCCAAGUGCAAACCCAACAAGACACCAUUGAUGAUUGCGAAGAACGAAUUGAGCAGCUCCUUAAACAGAAGGAAGAUAUGGAUCAACAAACCAAAGAUCUCGAGGAUAAACUCCUGGACGAAGAGGAUGCUCAUGACAAACUGAAGGAAAAACACAAAGCUGUGGAGGGUCAGCUUGAAAGCAUGAAGACUGAUAUGGAUACCCUAGAGUGCGGAUUGACUAAGGCUGAACACGAGUGCAAGACUAAAGAUGCUCAGAUCAGGACCCUCAAUGAUGAAAUGACACAACAAGAAGAAGCAAUGUCUAAGCUAUUAAAGAGCAAGAAGAACCUUGACGAUGAACACAAGAAAACCCUGGAUUCCCUCCAGGCCGAGGAGGACAAGGUCAAUCACCUCAACAAACUAAAGACUAAGCUUGAAGGAACACUUGACGAUCUUGAAGAUGCUCUGGAGCGUGAAAAGAAGGUUCGAUGCGAUGUUGAAAAAGCGAAGAGAAAGUUAGAACAUGAUCUAAAGGCAACACUAGAGGUUGUUCAAGACCUGGAACAUGUCAAACUGGAACUUCUGGAAUCAGGCAAGAGGAGGGAUAAGGAAAUAUCUAACCUAAAUAAUCUCUUGGAAGAGGAACAGACGCAUUGCAACCAACUUCAGAAGAAAAUCAAAGAACUACAGAAUCGCCUUGAUGAGUAUGAACAGGAGCUCGAGUCUGAAAAGCAAACACGCGGAAAGGUUGAAAGGCAGAGGAUGGAAUUAGCGAGGGAAUUGGAGGAGCUCCAUGAGCGACUGGACGAAGCCGGAGGCGCUACCGCUGCUCAGAUUGAGCUGAACAAGAAGAGGGAGCAGGAGCUGGUCAAGCUCCGCCGUGAGAUGGAGGAGACGAACAUGCACCAUGAAGCUCAGGUGGCGACCAUGCGCAAGAAGCACGCAGACUCUGCCAAUGACAUGAGUGAACAAAUUGAAAUGUUGCAGAAAAUAAAAUCCAGGCUUGAGAAGGAGAAGAUGCAAAUGUCGACUGAAAUUGAUGACAUGCAAACGGAACUUGAACACGCGAAGAACAAGGGCUGCUCAGAUGUGGUGUCCAAGCAGAUGCAGAGUCAGCUGACUGACCUCAACGCUCAGCUGGAUGAUGGUGCACGCCAGUUCAAUGAUCUACAGACCCAGAAGAACAGACUUACAUCUGAGGUGACUGAAGUGACACGACAGCUGGAGGAGACUGAACGUACCCUCAGUAGAACCCACAAGGAAAAGUCUUCUCUGGCCAGCCAGCUGGAGGAAAGCAAGCGCUCUUUGGAAGAUGAGACUAAGAUCCGCCAGAAGGUCCAGACUGAGGGCCGUCACCUGCGGGGGGAGGUAGAGAGCCUGCAGGUGCAGCUGGAGGAGGAACAGGAGAGCCGCACAAGCAUCCAGCGUCAGUUGUCCAAGGCCAACGGCGAGGUUAUGCAGUGGAAAGCCAAAUUUGAGACAGAAGGGUCAUCUAGAACUGAGGAACUCGAAGAGUCAAAACGCCGUCUCCAAGUCAAAUUGAGCGAAACAGAGCAAGCAAUGGAAGCAAUGCAAGCUAAAUGUAGUUCCGUUGAGAAGGCUAAAGCAAGGCUUGACGGCGAGCUUGAAGAUCUCAUGAUUGACGUUGAGAGGGCUAAUGCUACUGUUCAUAACAUGGAGAAGAAGCAGCGAAACUUUGACAAAACUGCACAGGAAUGGCAGACAAAGGUGAAGGAUCUUCAAGUUGAGUUAGAAUGUGCUCAGAAGGAAUCCAGGGAUUAUUCCACCGAGUUAUUCCGCCUUCGAAGUGAGAUGGAUGAAUGCCACAGCCAAAUGGAGUCUCUGAGGAAGGAGAACAAGAAUCUGGCUGAUGAAACCGUUCAGCUGAACAGGCAACUGACUGAAGAUGGUCAUAGUGUCAGUGAGAUGGAAAAGGUAAAGAAACGUCUUAUGCUAGAGAAGGAGGAACUCCAGGCCGCCUUGAUUGAAGCAGAAGCUGCUCUUGAACAGGAGGAGGCGAAGGUUAUUCGUGCCCAACAGGAGGUUUCACAUGCACGUGGAGAUACCGAGAGACGUAUUGCUGAGAAAGAGGAAGAAAUUGACACUUUGAGACGCAACAACCAGCGCUCUCUUGACUCUAUGCAAGUCAGUCUGGAUGCUGAGAACAAGAGCAAGAUGGAUGCUGUUAGGGUGAAGAAAUCUCUGGAACAGGACAUUGCUGAGCUGGAAGUUGCUGUUGACACAGGAAACAGGGCUCGUACCGAGGCCGAGAACUAUGCUAAGAAAUACCAAGCUCAAGCUAAGGAGUUUGAAGCAAUGGUUGAAGAGGAACAACGAAACUGCACCGAGGCUCGUGAAGCAUACCAAAGUCUAGACCGCCGCUGUAACACCAUGAAGGGAGAGAUUGAUCAGAUGAGGUCGGCUCUGGAAUCAGGUGAUCGUGCCCGCAAGGCCGCAGAAUCUGAGCUGCUGGAAGCUGAAGGUCGAGUGAACGAACUCACAGCUCAGGUAUCUACACUAACAGCUCAGAAGAGAAAACACGACAUCGACAUGACCACUGCCCAGUCUGACCUUGAAGAUGUUCAAACCGAGGUGAAAACAGCUGAGGACAACUACAAACGUGCUGUAGCUGAUGCUGCUCGUCUUGCAGAGGAACUCCGAUCUGAACAAGAACACAGCAGACAAAUGGAUAAGAUUAAGAGAAACAUGGAUAUUCAAAUGAAGGAGAUGCAAGUCAGAGUUGAUGAAGCUGAAGCCUCUGGACUCAAGGGAGGCAAGAUGGUCUUACAGAAACUAGAACAGAAGGUUCGUGAGCUUGAGGCCGAACUUGACAAAGAACAGCGCCGCCAUCUUGAAACCUCUAAGACAUCUCGAAUGUCUGAGCGCCGCCUCAAGGAAAUCGCCUUCCAGGUGGAUGAGGAUAGGAAACACCAGGAAAGACUCCAGGCCAUAAAUGAAAAGCUCAAUGCCAAGAUCAAAACCCUGAAGACUCAGAUUGAAGAAGCUGAGGAAAUGGCUGCCACAAAUCUGAACAAAUACCGCCGUGCACAGCAGGAGUUUGAAGAUGCGCAGGAAAGAGCAGACUCUGCUGAACAGACUCUUCUGAAGAUGAGGUCCAGGAACCGCCGCUCAGUAUCUCUCGCUCGCAACUAGAACUUGGGCCAUGUUGCGCAAUAAAUUCACUCAGCCACAGUCUUUCGGUGGUCCUGAAAUACCUUCCAGAUCAAAUGGUGUGAGGAGAUGAUAACUUGAGUCGAAGGAGACGUCAGGGUGUAAACCAGGUUUUUCUGGCUACAAACCUGUUGUGCCUGGUAUCACUAUAUAGCAUCUUACACAAACAACCUACCUCACGUCACAUUCCUGUACGAACCAGCCAUAGACCCAAUAUGUACCGUGUCGUUUCACAUUCUGAAGGAUAUAAGUAUAUCCAAAUUCAUGUCAAAAUCUAUUAUUCCAUCAUGUUUUCCACUGUAUAAUUCUAGAAUCAGUUUGACAUCAAUACUUAUUCCGUACAACAUUCCUAUAUCACGCCUUUCUACAAAUAUAUCGCACAUUUAAAGGGAAAACUAAUUCUGUUUAACAAGAUAUAUAUCUGCUUGUGAGUGUCUA